AUUGAGUCCAUCUCUCGCGUUCAACGACUGUUACCGUCUCAUCUCCGUCGUUGGCCCCUGCUACCAGUGUUUACAUGCUCUUCUACGUUUUCGAAAUCUAGUUUUGUCACAGCAUGCACCCGUUUUCUCUCUCUUUUCGGUAAAUGGCUCUUGGCGCUAUACAAAGCGUUAUGCAUCUAGAAGAGAACAAGUCCUUGCAUCCUUUCUUCUCCAAAGCUCCUAAAGACCAAGCACCAAUACACGAAACUCCCUGCGACGACCUAAACGAUGACGAUUACGAACAGCCACCUACGAGUGCACAACCUCCUAAAGAGCGAAAGAAACGGACACGGAAGAACGAUGGCGUGAAUGAAAAGAAGAAUGGCACAUCCCAUACCAGGAACCAGGCGUCGUUGGAUCGAUUUACCCUUCGUACAAAGGCACAGGGCGCCAGUGGGGCGACUGACCAUGGACAUGUCUCGGAAGAGCCGUCUCAUGACGACGACACAAACCCGGAUGGAAGAAAGAGGAGGAAAACAGAAUCACCCAACCCUUCCAUUGCCCCGACAGCUCCUGUACAAUCACUCCCAGUGAACGCAGAUUGGCAAGAGCAACCACAGGCAGAGGCGGCAACAACUUACCCCAAAGACGUGGACCAGCCCUUAAAUGUCACACUGCACGACGACACGGCAAUGGCCAACUCAACGGACGUCCAACCACCGAGCGUAGCUCAGGACCUCCCGCGCCCCAGUACACCGCAAGCCUCCACCCAAACCGUUAUAGACGCCAAUAAUACCGACACCUCUCUUGAUACUGUUGAAAACCAGCCGAGAAAAGUUACACCAAAGAAGCAGAUCAAAGUCAGCAAGAACGGAAAGCUUCUUUCAAGUCCACCAAAACCUAUCACAAAACCUUCAAGUCCGCCAAGGAAAAGACGAGGUCGACCCCCAAAGGUCAAGAUUUCUCCUACUGUGACGAUCAUAAGGUAUGGCUCGGAUGCUACGAGUCGAUUAGUGAUUGGCCAAAAGAUCGAAGAUGUCCUCAAUAGCAAGCCUUCAUCGAAGAGACGACAACCCAAAAAAGUGCCCUCGAAACCUGCCGACCCACCUAAGGUCACACAUCCAUUCUUUCUUGACAAAAGUGCCCAAACAAAAGACGACCCUGCUGCUAAAUCUGCUCCCAAACAACCUCCUCCGACGCCGAGGAAAAGCGCUUGUACCCCAGGCAAGUUACGAGCUGAGACUCGAAGAGGCCAAUCACCUGAACCAAUGCCGACAUUUGGAGUAUCAGCCUUGGGCAGUCGAGUUGCGAAGCAGUCCGGGCUGAACGAAGCUUCAUGGCCAACGCGAGAAACAGCCCACGUUCGCAACUCUGACGGGGCGGGCUCAUAUCAGUAUGCUAAACAUGAGACAAUCACACAUCUCCCAAUAAGACCUCGGAAGAUGAAAAGUACCGUAGCAUCAUUUCCCAAAGAGGAAGGCUUGAUCGCGAAGCUGUCGCAGGAGCUUUCGCGGGACAUUCACAAGAAGCAUGAUCCGCUUAGGUCCAACUUCGAACCGCCAGCAGAUGUUCGCCUACCCGGUCGAUUACUCGUCACCGGUUCUGAGUUGCAAAGAAGAGUGCGCAAUCAAGUUCGUACGCGAUUGCCAGUGGCUGGCGCACAAGAUGUGAAUAUGGGAUAUGCUCAUCCAGCUAUCACUACGCUUUUCAGUGAAAUCGAGCACACCCUGACACCUUUCGAUGACGGAAUAUGUGAAGGCCAGGUAUGGACUCAGAAAUACAGUCCCAAAUGCGCAUCACACGUCCUCGGAUCCAACAAUGAGGCAUCUGUCUUGAAAGACUGGCUGCAAAGCUUGACUGUCAUGGCAGUUGGAGGUGCACAAGAUCCUUCAAAGGCAGGUACCACCUUAGAAGCAAAGAAGCCGCCUAGGAAGAAGCGACGGAAGAUCGAGGAUGACUUCAUUGUCGGGGACGAUUUCGAGGAGAAUGAAGAGAUGGUAGAAAUUACAAAUGUGAAUGAAGCCGGCGUUCAUCGGAGCAUAUCCUACAGGCGGCCGUUCUGGACUAGGAAUAAGAACGUCGUUCUUAUCAGCGGACCGCACGGUUGUGGAAAAAGCGCAACUGUAUACGCCGUAGCCAAAGAGCUAGGUUUCGAGGUGUUCGAGAUGAACUCUGGGAGCCGUCGCUCCGGAAAGGAUAUCCAAGACAAAGUCGGCGACAUGACAGCGAACCACCUGGUAAACCACCAGCGAGGUGGAGCAUCAGCCAGAGAAGAACUUGUGCCGGCUGACGACACAGACAAUGAGCGUAUGAGCACCGCCCUCCAGAAAGACCUCGACAGUGGACGACAAGGCACCAUGAUGUCUUUCUUCAAAUCUGGCCCCACAACGCAAGCAAAACCCAAAAUCAAACCAAAGGCACCCGAACCAAAGAAAGCGCCGACCUCUGCUAUCCAGGCCAUGCUGCCAAUCGCUGGACCGCAGCGCAAGUCUCAGAAACAGUCCCUGAUCCUGUUCGAGGAAGCGGACAUCCUCUUCGAAGAAGACCAACACUUCUGGUCCCAAGUUAUAAAGCUUGCCUCGCAGUCUAAACGGCCAAUCGUGAUCACCUGUAACGAUGAGCGACAAAUCCCAGUACAGGACCUACCCUUGGCUGCUAUACUUCGUCUUCAGCCGCCUCAGGUCGAUCUCGCAACGGACUACCUACUCGUUCUGGCGGGUAGAGAAGGUCACAUACUCGAACGACAAGCUAUCAGCGACCUGCUCUACUCGAAGAACCAAGACCUCCGCGCUAGUAUUGCCGAGCUGAAUCUUUGGUGCCAGAUGUCUGUGGGCGAUCGGAAGGGUGGGCUGGAGUGGAUGUAUCAGCGAUGGCCACCCGGGAGGGAUGUCGACGAGCACGGUCGGCUGCUGAGAGUCGCCAGUGAGGGCACAUAUCAAUCCGGCAUGGGAUGGCUAUCUCACAACAUUUUUGAGUCACACAACAACACUGGAUUCGACAAGCAAGACGAGCUGCUCCAGGAUGCUUGGCGAGAUUGGGGCAUCAACCCGACGGAAUGGAGCAACAACACAUCAUCUCCGCUCACUCAGAACAGCCAAUUGAAAGAACUCGAACGCCUCGAAGCCCUGACCGACUCCCUCAGCGCAGCAGACAUCUACUGCCGCGUCGACCUCCCCUCCUACACCUCCAGCCACGACCAACCAACCGACCCCACUCUCCCGCCCAUGCCCACAAAAGAGCGGCAAAGCUACACCCUCGCCGCCUCCCCGCUGCAAACCGACCCAAAAACCGACUUCCUAAACCUCGACACCUCCCUCUACACAUCCACCUACCUGCAAACCCAGCGCGCCUUCCCCCCAGCCCCCGCCCCCCAACCAACACACACCCAAUCCAUCCUCACACACCGCUUCAACCAGCAAAUAAACCGCCCCCUUACCCGCCCCGCAUUCGCCUGUCUCGACGUCCUCGCCGCCCCCGCCGACCCCACACCCUCGUCCUCCUCAUCCCUAACCCUCUCCUCCUUCGACCGCGCCUUCCGCGUCAUCACGCUCGACCUCGCGCCCUACAUCCGCAGCAUCGUCGCGCACGAGAUGCUGCGCGACGCAGAGCGCGUGCGCUUGUCCAAUCUGCUGAGCGAGGGCGGGCGGGCGAAGCGGCCGCGCACUACGCGCGCGAGUCGGGUUGCGAUGGAGGGCGGGGUUAGGGAGAUGGUGAGGCGCGAGAGGUGGUUUGAUGGCGCGUUGGGGGUUGUGGAGGUUAUGCGGACGGGGGGGAUGUGGGCGGGGUUGGGGUGGAGGGGCGAGGGGGAUGGGGGUGCUGCGAGUGUGAGUGUGACGGGGACGGCGGAGAGUGGGGGGGAGGAGAUGGAUGUUGAUGUUGAUGUUGAUGCUGUUGGGGAGGAGGAAUAG